AUGUUGGGAGUAGAGAUGUACCCCAGUUUAGCUCUUGCGGCACAAAGACUUGGAGACUGCUGUUAUCGAGAUCGAGAGCCACCAGCACAUAUGCCCCUGUACCCAUCAUCAUGUGACACAGCAGCCCGAAGCCUGCCUCCUCGACUUCUACCCCCGCCCCCGGCAAAAAGAGAUACUUUUGGGAAAUCUGAAGACAAUAUAAAGAUAGAGCUGGAAAAUGUAUCCCUGUGGAAGCAGUUUAGCACAGUUGGCACAGAGAUGAUUAUCACCAAGAAGGGCAGACGGAUGUUUCCUCAGCUAAAAGUGAAGGUGUCUGGCUUGAACCCAUCUCUGCGUUACAUCCUUCUGUUAGACAUCAUUCCUGUAGACUCCUUUCGCUAUCGUUUCCAAGAUGACAAAUGGCAGGUAGUGGGAGGAGCUGAAGCUCGACUUCCAGACAGGGUGUUCAUCCACCCAGACUCCCCUGCAACUGGUGAACACUGGCAGAACCGAAGCAUAUCCUUCCACCGAGCCAAACUGACCAACAAUACACUGGAUGGACAAGGAUAUAUCAUUCUUCACUCCCUGCACAAGUAUCAAGCGCGGGUACACGUGGUUGAAACGAGAGAUGUAAUGAUGUGGGGUGGAGCCCAACACACCUUCACCUUCCCUGAGACACAGUUCAUCACUGUUACAGCCUACCAGAACAACAGGAUAACUGAACUGAAGAUUAAUGCCAAUCCGUUUGCCAAAGGUUUCAGAGAGAAUGGCAUGAACAGCAAGAAACAAAGAGAAGCAAGGCAAAAGAGGAAAUUGAACCAUCCCAAUCAAGAGGAAACUUUAGACAUAGAAUCCUGUGACCCAUGUGAUUCCACUGAGGUGUUAACACAACCCAUGCAACUGGAAAGCACCAGUCUGUCUCUGUCUGAUUCGGGUUUUUGCUCUGAUGGGACAUCUUUACCAGAGCAGACCGUACAGCAGCAUAGCUCCGGUCAAGCAUUUCUCAGUUCCCAGAUGACCCAGAUGCCAGAUAUUUCAGAGAUUCCCAAUUCAGUAGAGAACCAAUCUCAGUCUACCUCAAAUAAUGAGGUGAACAAUGGAUUGCUUAAUGGGUCUAGCCAGAUGAUAGGACUUUCUUCAUACACCUCAUUUCCAGAUCCUUCAAUUACACCCUCAUCUCAUCUACCAGUGUCUCUUUCACAGCCUUCAUCUCUCUAUUCCACUCAGACUGAUCUACCAUCCCAUCCCAAUCCAACAUCGGUGCAAGAUUAUUCUUCCAUAGCUUCAUCCCACUACCCUCCCCUACAUUCAUCUUCUCCAAUCACAUCUUCCUCAACAUCUCUCCAAAAUUCUACACAUACCUCCAUCUGUCAUUCAUCCUCUUCCCCGCAAAUGCCAUCUUCCACCUACCACCCCAUUCUUCCACCCGAAGAAAACCUAAGCCCUCACACACCUACAAACCCACCCUUUCAUUCUCUUUCUCAACCUCCUUGCCAGUCCAUCAACAGUUGCGCUUCUGGUCAUUCUGUUGAUACAGCUCAAAACCAGGCUAUGAAUGGUUUGUGUUCAUCCAGUUCUACACCCUCUGCUGUCCAAGACUCCACUCCAACUGCAUUCCCCUUCCCUCCAGUGCAAUCCUCCAACAAUCCAGAUUCUACUACACCCCCAUCCCAAAUGCUAUCCCAAACUGCCUUUCCCUUUCCUCCUGUGGAAGAUCCAAAUGGUCAAACAGAUCCAAAUCAAAUCCCUACAGCUUUCACAUUUAAUUCAAUGCCAGAAUCCACCUCCACCCCUCUAAAUACCCCGUCAGAUCAGGAUGGCAACACUACUGCUUUUUCUUUCCCACCACAACCGGGCAAUACAAAUUCUUCAACUUCCUUGCCUGUACAAACCCUAGCACCUUACUCUUUCCAAGCAUCUGCAAAUUCUCAUAUGAAUCCAUCUUACCAAAACCUGUCAAAUUCAGCAACUGGAUCCUAUACGCAAAUGUCUUCGAAUUCUGUAAAUGGAGCCCGUUCACAAAUUUUUAGCAACCCUAUAGUCAACCCCUUUCCUGCUUCUUCUCUGCCUACAUCUCUGCCUGCACAUGUAGUGCCUGGGUCCAUUUCUAACUCUAUUCAAUCUACUCACAUAUCUUAUGGCUUGCCCCCUUCCAUCCCAUCUGCUCCUCCUCCCCUCCAGAAUGUAGCAAUGCCAACUCUUGGGUCUUCUCAGAUUAUUCCAGCACUUCCAAAUAUAGCCCAGGUCCAGCCAACUAUGCCCCAGUCAUUCCCAUCCUCCACUUUUUCCCAUAUCCCUCCCCAAUGUGCAACUUCUCAAAUCCAAUCGCAGCCUUUUGCCUCUACAGCUUCACUCCUUUCACAUUCAACCCUUCAAAACCACCCCAUGCCACCUGGAUCAACCCAUACACAGUACCCUGCCGCUUCCACUACAUAUCCCCCAGUAGCUCCAUCGGAGAUAGGAUCCUUUUCUCAGCUUAAUCCAACUGCCCCCUACCUUCCUGAUAUGGUAUUGCAUCCUUCUCUUCUCCCCUCUUUAGAUAACACUCUGUCUUCUUCUGCUACUUCUCUCUACAACCCAUUUCCUUCUUAUCCUCUCCGCCUCUGUCAGGACCCACGAUCCACCUUUCAUUUACAGCUCAGACACCUUUACAGGCGGCCCCAACAUGUACAUGCUAACAACCAGGGGUCGUACCUAGAUCUUGGAGGAAGGCCUGCAUUUUGA